CGAAACGAGGAGGAGUUCAGGUUCACGGCGAGCCCCCCGUCGACGGCUAAUCGAGCAACUUGCGAUUGUGAGACGCUGAUGAACAUGAAGGAUAAUGAUAGUCAGACAGGAGAAGUUGAUCGUACUCUGGUGGAGUUUUUGGAAGUAGCCAUCACAAUGAUUGUUUUCCUCAAAGGCUUUUACCCAUCUGCGGCGUUUGAAAGGAGGAGAUAUAUGAAUGUGGUGGUGCAAAGGGCAAGGCAUCCUGAGCUACGCGACUAUAUUCACUCUGCUGCUUCUGGUUUACUUCCUUUUAUUCAAAAGGGUCUUGUUGAAAGAGUAGCGGUCAUCUUUUUCAGUAAUGAUAAUGUUCCUGUGGAGAGGUUCAUCUUCAAGCUUACCAUUAACCUGUCUUCCGCUGCUUCAGUAGAGGAGAAUCAACUGGAAUUUGCGCUUAGGUCCUUCUUAGUCAAGCUUUCCGUCGCAAACCCCCUUGUCAAGCCUCUUCCUCCCAAUUGUAGAUGGGAGGUAACGGCUUAUCUAAGGUCACUUCCUGACGUGGGUUCAAGCAAAGAAGGUGAGCUAUGGAUUCCAACAGAUACAAAGCAGUGGAUGAAACCGCCAGUUAUUACGCCCGUCAAGUCCCUGAACAGCGAACCACUCUGCUUGCAACUUUACUUGGAACACCCUAGUUUGUCUGAAACACAACCUUGUCAAGCCCUGUGAUGUCUUAGCUUACAGAUCUCGAUUGUAUGAAAUGAUGAGCUUUGGGGCCUCAGUAGACCCGUUUUCUCAAUCCUGAUGCAUAACUGUUUUGUAUCGUCUCAGCAGAACGCUAAGGAGAAAAGUAUAUUGUUACGAUUUUAGAAAA